AUGAAGAACCUGGCGCUUGUUUUCGCUGUUUGCCUUGUAGCUGCUCUUCUUGUAGACACUGAAGCUUGGUCAGGGGGCCAGUGUCGAUGUGGAAAGUGGUGCAGUAAGUGGGAAUGGCCGCGGGGACGGUGUGGUAAAUACGGCGUAGUCUGCUGCAAGCGCUGGGGCUGGGGCAGUUAUGGGGGAGGCUAUGGCGGAUACGGUGGUUACGGCGGAUACGGAGGUUACGGUGGGUACGGAGGUUAUGGUGGAUACGGUGGUUAUGGCGGAUACGGAGGUUAUGGCGGAUACGGAGGCUACGGUGGAUACGGAAGCUACGGUGGAUAUGGAGGUUAUGGCGGAUACGGAGGUUAUGGUGGAUACGGUGGCGGAUACGGAGGCUACGGCGGAUACGGAUAUGGAAAGAAAUAUUAA